UUCCCCCUCAUCCGACGGCGACGGCAGUGCGAAGUCGUGCCCAGUUUGGUCCGUUCUCCCGUUCCCGUAACUUGUACGCGUGCGAUACAGAAGCAGCCGAAGAUCGAAAGUUUGUAAUCGUCGCAAUUUGUGAUCGAUUCGCACGGAUACCGGAAGCUGCUAUGUGCUAAAUUGCCUCUGCGGAGAUUGAUUGCUCCUAGAAAGUGUUUGCGCUAAAUAAACGUCACCCGUUUCGGAUCCAAGUGAAACGCUCCACUUUUUGUGUUAGACGAGAAAAAUGUUCAAGCUGAUUACAUCACGUACCACUCAGCAAAUAAUUAGGAAGAGCCUGGCCAAAACCAGUUUGGUGGACGCUGUUGGCACCUGCUGUAGCAACAAUGCCAGCCGCAGUGUCAUCUCUUUCCAGCAAAUGCGGCUGAUGCAGAGCGUGUCCAGAAAUUUGUCCACAUCCCAGCCGAAGCUGCAGAACGAAGAGGUUGAGGUCACAUUUGUGCGAGCCAACGGAGAACGGAUAAAGGCGAAAGGAAAGGUGGGCGACUCGCUGCUCGAUGUGAUCGUCAACAAUCAGAUCGAUCUGGAGGGAUUCGGAGCGUGCGAGGGCACGCUGACCUGUUCGACUUGCCAUCUGAUCUUCUCGCAGGCCGACUACGACGCCCUGCCGGAGAAACCGGGCGAUGAAGAGCUGGACAUGUUGGAUCUGGCCUACGAGCUGACCGAUACAUCCCGACUGGGGUGCCAGAUUGUGCUAUCGAAGGAACUGCAGGGACUAGAAGUGCGGGUACCGGCCACGAUCAACGAUGCCAGGAGCUAACCCCUUGGUCGCCACAGCCACAGAUACGGUGCCGCAAAUGUUACCGGUUGCACAUAUCGUUUGUGUUUUUUUUUGGCAAUAGAUUUUCAAUUGACUUCUGUAAAUGUUAAUUCUUCUGUUCCUUGUUUUUAUCAAUAGUAGUUUCCAUGGCCCAUUCAAUGGGCAGUGCAUCGUAUAAUACAAUUCAAUCAUUUCGAAACGAAAUGCAAGGUUAUCUUUGUUGGGUAGACAAAAUAUAAUCUGGCGAGCAAACAUACAAGUGAAUACUGUUAACAGAUAAUUCAGGACAAUUAUCGAACAAAUAUGGCUUUUAAAUAAAUGAAUCAAUGUUGAA